GCAGGGCUGCAAGCUCAGAGUGUCUUGGUCAAUGACACCGUCUCGGGGUUCAUCGGCACGGACGUGGUGCUGCACUGCAGCUUCACCAACCCGCUGCCCAUCGUGAAGAUCACGCAGGUGACGUGGCAGAAGGCCACCAACGGCACCAAGCAGAAUGUGGCCAUCUACAACCCCGCCAUGGGCGUGUCCAUCCUGUCCCCCUACAAGGAGCGGGUGACUUUCCGGAACCCUUCCUUCAAGGAUGGCACCAUCCAGCUGUCCCGGCUGGAGCUGGAGGAUGAGGGGGUUUACAUCUGUGAGUUUGCCACUUUCCCAACCGGCAACCGGGAAGGGCAGCUGAACCUCACCGUGCUGGCCAAGCCCACCAACUGGAUGGAGGGCACCAAGAGGCCACUAAUUGCCAAGUCUGGCAGGACAGAAAAGAUCUUGGUAGCCACCUGCACCUCCUCCAACGGGAAACCCCCCAGCACCGUCACCUGGGACACGAAGCUGAAGGGAGAGGCGGAAUUCCAGGAGAUCCGCAACAGCAACGGCACCAUCACGGUGAUCAGCCGGUACCGGCUGGUGCCGAGCCGCGAGGCGCACCGCCAGCAGCUCAUGUGCGUGGUCAACUACCAGCUGGAGAGGUUCACCGACAGCAUCACCCUCAACGUGCAGU